CCCGCGUAAGCAAACUAUUCACCAAGUCAACUUGAACCUCAACUUCUGGCACUAUAAAUUAACGUACGCACACAACUCAUAAUGCCACACAAAAGCAUUCUCACACACUAGAGAAAAUUUCAUACAUAUCCAGAUUCAGCAUUCAAAUCAAUCAAAAUGGAUGCUAAGCAAAACAUUGAGAGGUUUUCAAGCUGCAGGGGAGUGGCAUUUGAGAUCAAACCUCAUGCUGAUCCAUUUGCCAUUUCAAACCAAAACAAUGGAAGCAAGAAGUAUUGGUUCCCAUGGGAAAGAACCUAUUCCAAAAUCAACCCAUCAUCUGGUCGUAUUGGAAGCCUCAUCAGUAGAACCACAAGCAAAGCCAGCAGCCAUUUCUGCGACCUCGAUUUUGAAGACGCCGAAGAUGAUGAUGAAGGUGAUGCUUUAGCUAACAUUGAAGAAGGUCUUGAUGAUGAAAAGUUGGACCAUCCAUCUGGAGCAGCUUCUGAAUUGCCACCACUUCCAAAACUCCCCAGCAAACGUGACAAAAAACCACAACCGCCACAUUCCAGGCUCUCUGUUAUCCUGCUCGAUCAAGGCUUGUUCACCGUUUACAAACGUCUUUUCGUCGUUUGUAUUACGCUGAAUAUCACUGCUUUGAUUCUCGCAGCCACUGGAAACUUCCCUUAUGCGAGAAAUCGUGCUGCUUUGUUCUCAAUUGCAAACAUUUUUGCCUUGACAAUCUGUCGAAGUGAGGCUUUCCUUCGGGUUGUCUUUUGGCUUGUGGUGAAAUUAUUAGGCCAUUCUUUUGUGCCUAUUCCGAUCAAAACCAUGACCACAUCCCUUUUGCAAUCACUUGGAGGGAUUCAUAGUGGUUGUGGGAUUUCCUCAAUUGCAUGGCUCAUUUAUGCAUUGAUUCUCACAUUGAAAAACAGAGAAAACUCCUCCCCUGAAAUCAUCGGCGUAGCGGCCGCCAUUCUUUCCCUUAUUUGUCUAUCAUCUUUGGCCGCAUUUCCUCUUGUUCGCCACCUUCAUCACAACGUGUUUGAAAGAACACAUCGUUUUGCUGGAUGGUCAGCUCUGGCUCUCCUCUGGGCUUUUGUCCUCCUUACCAUUUCCUAUGAUCCUGCAUCAAAAUCCUAUAGUAACGAUUUCGGUAACAGAUUGGUCAAACAACAAGAGUUUUGGUUCACUUUGGGUAUCUCUUUGUUGAUUAUCAUUCCCUGGGUGACCGUCCGACGUGUUCCGGUCAAAAUGUCAUCACCUUCCGGCCACGCAUCGAUCAUCAAAUUCGAAGGCGGUGUGAAACCCGGAAUCCUCGGGAGAAUCAGCCCGUCACCCUUCUCGGAAUGGCACGCGUUCGGGAUCAUCUCCGACGGGAAAAGCGAGCACAUGAUGCUCGCCGGCGCCGUCGGUGACUUCACCAAGACACUGGUGGCGAAACCACCGACUCAUUUAUGGGUCAGGCAAGUGCACUUCGCCGGGCUCCCUUAUUUAGUCAACAUGUACGACCGGGUUUUGGUCGUCGCAACCGGGUCGGGCAUCUGUGUCUUCUUGUCAUUCUUAUUACAGCCUUGUAAAGCCGACGUUUGUGUACUUUGGGUCACAAAAGGAGUUGAGCAGAAUUUCGGGAAAGAAAUUAAAGGAUGGAUGUCGGAUAAUGGACAAUAUGACGGUAAAAGGAAGAAGGUGAUUGUGCAUGAUACGGCGGUUUUAGGUCGUCCAAAUGUGUCGCAAAUGAGUGUGGAUACGGCUAAGGAAUGGGGUGCACAAGUUGUGAUUGUGACUAGCAAUCCAGAAGGAAGUAGGGAUGUGGUCAAUGCUUGCAAAGCUUCUGGAGUUCCUGCCUUUGGUCCAAUUUGGGAUUCAUGACGAUUGAAUUUGAUUGAAACGGGACUGAUUGGGUCAAUUCGUUCAUUCUUGCAUUAUCCGAAUUUUCCAAAUGGGAAAUUGUUCAUUAUUUUUGUUGACUUUUAUUUGUGGCCAAGUUUGAUAGUUGAUACUACUAAUAAUAGGGUGUAUAUCACUGUAAUGAUUUUCUUAUAUAUUCGAAUUGGUCAAUACUAUUGAAUAUUUUAAAUUUGCUUGUUCAUU